AUGACGGAAAGAAGAUCCGGGCGAGUGAAGAAGCAGUUAGAUUAUGCUCAUUUGGCUGGUGAUAGUGAUGAAGAGUUUUUCGAUGAUGAACCAAAAAAUGUGAAGAAGAGUAAACCAACUAAGGAUGACGACGAUUGGGAAAUCCCUAAAGAUGAUAAUGCGCCUAUCAAUAAAACGAAGAGAGGCGAAAAACCGAAAGAACGUGAACGGAAGGUAUCUAAAACGACGAAAAGCGUUGUUGUAUCCGUGACGAAGAAAACGGAAGCGCUCGUUCAGCCUAUGACCCAUUCCCCAGCAUCAUCAGAGCCGCGACCGAAACUGAUGGAAAAUGUUUUAAACUCGCCUAUUUCAAACUUACCUUGCCGAACCAGAGUGUUGUCUGUUGCCUCUGAACCAAGUACUCCUUGUUUUUCUACGUCCAGUGUAUCCGAAAGACCAAGAAUAGCUGUGACACCGACCAGUGGUCUACGACUCGGUCUUUCUCGGAAUCAGAGACUCCGUUCUUUGCAUCCUAAUGUCCGUAUCAGCUAA